AUGAUGUUAUCAGAAGGAAAUCAAAGCAGCACACUCACGUUUACUCUCUUGGGUUUUUCAGAAUACCCAGAAUUUCAGGUUCCACUCUUUCUGGCUUUCUUGUCCGUCUACACAGUCACUGUGGUGGGGAAUUUGGGCAUGAUAAUCAUCAUCAAGGUCAAUUCAAAACUCCACACAAUCAUGUAUUUUUUCCUGAGUCACUUGUCCUUUGUAGAUUUAUGUUAUUUGAGUCACUUGUCCUUUGUAGAUUUCUGUUAUUCCACCAUAGUUACACCAAAACUGUUGGAGAACUUGGUUGUGGAAGACAGAACCAUCUCUUUGUCAGGCUGCAUCGACAGAACCAUCUCUUUCUCAGGCUGCAUCACACAAUUUUCUUUCACUUGCAGUUUUGGAGUGACAGAAACUUUCAUGCUAGCAGCGAUGGCCUAUGACCGUUUUGUGGCUGUUUGUAACCCUUUGCUAUAUACCACUACUAUGUCUCAGAAGCUGUGUGCUCUUCUGGUGGGUGGGUCUUACACAUGGGGUGUAGUGUGUUCCCUGACACUCACAUAUUUUCUUCUUACACUGUCCUAUUGUAAGUCUAGCAUCAUGAAUAAUUUUUUCUGUGAAUACUCUGUAGUUAUUUCUGUCUCCUGCUCAGACCCCUAUAUUACCCAGAUGGUAUGUUUUAGUAUUGCUGUAUUCAAUGAGGUGAGCAGCCUGAUG